CCGAGUUGUCUGUCCACCGACAACUUUCCUGCAACACCAUCAAAAGCUACCCUUCGUCUCCGUUCCUUCUCCUCCAAAUACCCGCGAUACUCUCAGAACUUUCAGAUAACAAAGCCGCCGCAGCCCACCAUGUCUUGGCAAGCCUACGUUGACUCGAGCCUGGUUGGCUCCGGCCACAUCGACAAGGCUUGCAUCGUCAGCGCUGCCGGCGACAGCACCUGGGCCGCGACCCCGGGGUUCGCGGUUGGCGCCGACGAGCUCAAGAAUAUCGUCGCCAUCCUGGACGAGGCAGACAAGGGUGGCCCAGCGGUAACCAAGGCGUUCUCGGACGGCAUUCACGUCGCUGGCGAGCGCUACGUAGCCUUUAGAAUCGAGGACAAGCACAUUUACGGGCGCCAGGGCAGGACCGGUAUCUGCAUCGUCAAGACGAAACAGGCCAUCCUCAUUGGUCACUACGGCGAGAACGUCCAGGCCGGCAACGCGACACAGACGGUCGAGGCCCUCGGCGAUUAUCUCAUCAACCAGGGCUACUAAACUACCCGCCUUUCCGUGCCCGAAGCGCGAGCCUUCGCUCGGAUGGGGUUUCUAGGAAGGAAGGAUGGAUACCUGAACAAAAUUGCACAUCACGAGACCAGAACCAGCCGUUUGUUUCCAGCUUCAGCGACGAUUUGGAGGAGGAGAUGCUGUCAGUACAUAAUAGACUCAUACAACAGAAGACAGGGAGGUGGGCACCCUGCGGACGAGGAAUUCUCGAUUUGAUGACGCGCAGGUUUGCUUCGUGUAGCCUAGCUGGGCCCGGCCCGAGGCCCAGGGGCUUCGAGUCCCGCGUUUCUGCAGAUGGAACAUGCCCCCCUUGAGCCUGUGCUGGAAAGCGCGUCUUACGUGUCUUUGACUCGUCCAUCCCCGAGAGUAUUUGUGUAAGGAUGUGGUCGACGCGUGAUCUCUCUCAGUUUCUCCAUUUCUUUCUUGUAGAGUACAGAGCUUUUGCCAGGAACCAGAACUCCCUCCUCAUUAAAAAAAUAGCAUUAUUGUAA